AUGGCAAAGCGCACUCUGGGAAGGUCUGCGGUGGAGGGAGAUCACAGCGGGAAGACUGGUGCCCCCGAUGAAUGUAUUUGUAGUUCCUCCCAAGACGAGGAAGAGACUUUCCAAACUUGCCCCGCCCCUGUGGCGCCUCUUAGUGAGGAGACAAUCGCGGCGGAGGCAGCGCCGAAGGAAGUGUUAGGGGCACCGAUAUCGUGGCCGUUUCUGUGCCCGCUCUGUAGUGCGGUGGAGCUUGUCGAUCCGGUAGACCUGCAUGAGCCAGUCAGUAACACUUCGUCGCUUUCCUCAUGUCAUUCCCGAGCUGUCGAGGAGGCAUUGCACUGUCUUGCCUGUCGGGCGUGUGUGGAGCGAUGGCUCUUGGCGGUGCGCGCUGUCAGUGAGAGCAAGGGCGCAACGAUGGACCACAGCAGUAGCACCAGUGGCUCUGCCGCCUCGUCCACGCUUUCACCUCUGUCGACCUCAGCGUCUUGCUGUGCAAGUCUCCUUGCGUGCCCACUGUGCAAUGCUAUGUGCGACGCAGCAGUGUUAUCAUCCGCCUGCCUAGCCGGCGAUGUGGCGGGUUUCUGGGAUGCGAGUGUCGUGCGCAACAGCUGCACGGACUCUCAACCCUCUCCGUGCACCACGCAGGCCGGUGGCACUGUCCGGCCACCCAGCGCACCCGCCGGAUCCGCGUCACCUUGUUGCUCCAUCUGUGAAGAGGCUAGGGCGACGUGCGUCUGCAUGCAGUGCGACUUCGGUAUGUGUGAUGCCUGCCACAGAGCCACGCAUAGCAAGGGUGGCUUUAGGCAGCACGAAGUGCUGGGCGUUGAGCAGGCACGUCGGCGUGGGCACCUGAGGUGUACGCAGCACGCUGGCAUGGUGCUGGACCUUUUCUGUGACACGUGUUCGACAUGUGUGUGCGUGACGUGCUGCUUUGGUGGUGCCCAUCGCGGGCAUGAAGUAUUUCCGCUGGCCGACGUCGCGGCACGCACCGCUGCUGCAUUGACUCAACACUCCACAGAGCUCGCCGCAUUGCAACGCGACGCCGACGCGAUUGGCACGCAAUUAGCAGCUCUGUGGCCUGCGUACGAGACCAAGGUGGACGCUGUCCGCACGGAAAUCCAGCAGUGCUUCACCAGCCUGCGCCAGGCUUUGCAGGAACGAGAGGACGCGUUACUGGCUCGACUUGGCGAGGUGUCGGCGGAGGUUGGUCGUCGCUCGUCGGGGCUCAGGAAUGCCAUGCACGCCAUCAGCAGCCUUCUUUGCGCCACUGGCACGUGCCUCCGAAGUCUGCCGGGGUCGGUGAGCGCGGUCACGCUGAUGCGGAUUUUUGACGCGGUUCAGCAGCAUGAGGAGUGGGUGUCCCACAUGUCUACGCGGGUGAUCGAGGAGGCCACAACAGUCGCCGAGGGCUGGGACUAUCACAUGGGCAGCGACAGCGCAAACGGGUGCCGUAUGGUGUCUUUUGUGUUGCUCAACACCGACACCCCGAAUGAGGAUGAUUUCAGGCAAUACAGGCGUGUGCUCUCCGACCUUGGCCGCCUUCACGCAUCGGCUGAUGUGCACCUGCCACUGGCCAAGCGACAUAGCACGACCUCUCUGGCGGCGUCAAAAGGGCACAACGAAAGGGAGGAGGGGCAAGAGGUGCCUCCCCGUCGGGGGGGCAUCACGGGGGACUACACAGUACCCAGCGACAGCCUCAUUCCAGGCGCACCCGCUCACUUUUGUGGUGCCAGCUACGCCGGCUCUGGCGCAGUGGCCAUUACCGAGGAAGAUGAAGAGGCGCUGGUCGCUCGUUCAUCUCACUUGACGACUGUUAUUCCUCCCGUCCUGCUUCAAACCGCAUCUUCAAGGUCAGCAGACGCUUUCGUGGCAACUCGCAACACAGAACUUUGCGCGUCGCGGCAGCGCAGCAUGAGCGCCUCGACUGUGCAGUCGCAGCCCAAACCACUGCAUCUUUCCCCAAUCAACGCACCCAGUCAAUCCACCUACGGACCAUUGUGCACGUACGAGCUGAAUGUGGAAUCCCCCUUGAAGGGCCCAGGUGUCGCGGCGUCGUCCUCUGCUGCUGCUGGAACGCUAAGGCUGAAUGGCGUCCCCUCAAAGUGGAGUGGUGUGAAGCAGAACCUGCAGGAGGCGAACGCCCGUGGCAGCUUUGCAGUAGAGCUUGGUACGCUGGGGCGCCACCAGCCGGGGUGUACAGCGGCAGCAGCAGCACGAAGUGUGCGCGAUACAAUACCGUUUCGUGUUUCUCUUCCGCCGCGGCGUAUGGGAAGCUGUGAUCUCACGGACGAAGAUGGGCGUACUCUGGGAAAGGAUGGUGAUCAGAUGCCGUGGCGUGCCCUUAAGCUGCACCGCAACAGCAGUGUCCAUGAUGAUGUCAGGUCCGCUGCGACGUCCUUGCCUCUCCAUAAGUCCACGACGCGACUUCAAUACUUCACCGAGUUGGAUCUACGAAAACCAAGCGAGCUCGCGCAGGCGCCGCCAGAGUCGGGCUCAUCUACUCCAAAGCGAGACCGAGCCGAGUCCCAGCGGCGGACCACUGGGCUGCAGCUCGAGCUGUAG